UGUCCACGCUUGUGACCCUGGGGCGGCACUGCUGUGGCCUUGGGGACAGUCCGAUCGUCCACCCGCGUGGGUCUGGUCGCGCGGCUGAGCCCCUGGUGUCCUCCGCAGUGUGGAGAGAUGCCAAAGCUGCAGGGCUUCGAGUUCUGGAGCUGCACCCUGGGGGGGGCCCGCCACGUGGUGGCCCCCAUGGUGGACCAGAGCGAGCUGGCCUGGAGGCUGCUGAGUCGCCGCCAUGGGGCCCAGCUCUGCUACACCCCCAUGCUGCACGCCCAGGUCUUCGUCCGCGAUGCCAACUACCGGAAGGAGAACCUGUACUGUGAGGUGUGCCCCGAGGACCGGCCCCUCAUUGUGCAGUUCUGUGCCAACGACCCAGAGGUGUUUGUCCAGGCGGCACUCCUGGCUCAGGACUACUGUGAUGCCAUCGACCUGAACUUGGGUUGCCCACAGAUGAUAGCCAAGCGGGGUCACUACGGAGCCUUCCUGCAGGAGGAAUGGGACCUGCUGCAGAGGAUGAUUCAGCUGGCCCACGAGAAACUCUCUGUCCCGGUAACGUGCAAAAUCCGAGUCUUCCCAGAGAUUGAUAAGACGGUGAGGUACGCCCAGAUGCUGGAGAAGGCUGGCUGCCAGCUGCUGACGGUGCACGGGCGCACCAAGGAGCAGAAGGGGCCUCUGUCAGGCACCGCGUCCUGGGAGCACAUCAGGGCCGUGCGGAAGGCCGUGUCUAUCCCUGUGUUUGCCAAUGGGAACAUCCAGUGCUUGCGGGACGUGGAGCGCUGCCUCCGGGACACAGGGGUGCAGGGGGUCAUGAGUGCAGAGGGCAACCUGCACAACCCUGCCCUGUUUGAGGGCCGCAGCCCUGCCGUGUGGGAGCUGGCGGAGGAGUACCUGGACCUUGUGCGCCAGCACCCCUGCCCCCUGUCCUACGUCCGGGCCCACCUCUUCAAGCUGUGGCACCACACGCUGCAGGUGCACCAGCAGCUUCGAGAGGAGCUCGCCAAAGUGAAGACCCUGGAGGGCAUCACUGCUGUGAGCCAGGAGCUGAAGCUGCGGUGUCAGGAGGACAUGUCCCGGCAGAAGGAAGGGGAGGAGCCCCCGGGUGGCCUGCCUUUUUUCCACUGGAUCUGCCAGCCCUACUUCCGACCAGGGCCCAAGGAGGGGAGCAAGGAGAAUGGGGGUGCGCGCAGUAAGCGGGCCCUGGAGGAGGAGGAGGGCAGCGUGGACGUCCUGUCCAAGAACAAGCAGAAGAAGCAGCUGAGGAACCCCCACAAGACCUUUGACCCCUCACUGAAGCCAAAAUACGCAAAGUGUGACCAGUGUGGAAACCCAAAGGGCAACAGGUGUGUGUUCAACCUAUGCCGGGGCUGCUGCAAGAAGCGAGCUUUCAAAGAGACCGCGGACUGCCCAGGUCACGGAUUGCUUUUUAAAACCAAACUGGAGAAGUCUCAGGCCUGGAAGGGGACCCAGUCCCGGCUGCAGGAGCCUCAGCAGGCGGGGCCUGGGGACCCAGGUGGCUUCCCUGAGGUUGUGGGCAGCGCCCUGGCCUGAAGGGCCAACAGAGGCUGAUGCACCCCUCUCCGGGCCCAGGACUGCCACUGAAGCCUCCCAGUCCCCUUAAGGAGACACCUUUACUCAGGGAACCUCCUGCUCCUUCACGUGGAAGGAUGAGCUCACGGUCCCCUAGGCCAUGCUGGGCCCAGAGUGCUGCACCAGCGAGAAGGCUCCAGGCUGGACCUGCCCUGUCCUCGCACCCAUGUGUGUUCAAAGUGAACAAUAAAUCUCUUCAGAGAUACGCA